UAAACCUUGGAUCGAUAGUGAUGAAUCGAUUCCUAGGCUCCGAAACAGAAACGUCAGUCACAUCACUAAUUGAUGAGUCUUCGGCUCCGCCACUUAUCGCUGCACCGCCGUCACCACCGCCCCUUCGUCUUCCUUUGAUCUCUCCGCUUCUUGGUUUCUGUCUUCUUAUUUUCCUACCACAGAAAAGGCGAAAAGAGAUCACCGCCUCUCGUCCUCUUCCUUCGUCUACACUCGACGUACGGAGAGCCCAUACUUAUAGCAAUGAUGCUCGCUCUCUCGCCCCAGCAGCUUCGCUCCCACCGACCCUCCUUCCCUGGAGCAAGAAGAUCAAGAAACGACAUCAAGAACAAUAAGAAGAAACGCAAGAAACGAGAGAGCAGCAGGAGAUGGCGAGCGGUAGCAAACAUCCUCCCGGCAGAGGAGGGAACGGCUCCGCUGAUUCGAAGGUCAGGCGGACACAGUCUAGGAAGCCGACAAUGCUGAACGUGCCGCAGGAGGAAGAGGCGACCCUCCUUGUCGACAGCGAGCUCGUCCCCAUCCUACGCGUCGCCAACGAGAUCGAGACCCUCAACCCUCGCGUCGCCCACCUCUGUCGUUUUCAUGUAUUUGAGAAGGCUCAUAAGUUGGAUCCUGUGUCAAGCAAGCGUGGCACUCGUCGGUUCAAAACAUAUCUCUUAGACCGGAAGAGGUACAUACUUGACUGACCUAAUUUUUUCUACACUGAUUGAGGCAGACUUCUAUAUCUUCUGAAACUAUGUUAACUUUUCUCGCAGCAUAAGUGAUUUAAUUAUUUAAUUAAUCUCAUUUGUGUGUCUAUGAUGCUUUGCAAGAUCCAUUAGGAGAUUUAAUAAAUUUUAAGAGGUGGAAUAAAGUCAUAAUAUCAAGCAUCUAGCAUUAUCACAUCGUCUAUGAAGUGGACUCAAAGAUAGGUUUGAAUAGGUAUAUUAGAUGACUGAACUGAUCAUGAUAUUUUACAACCAGAACUGGAUUGGGGUUUUCAGAUCAAUUAAUAAAGUCUUUUUAGGUCUUUUUCUAUCUCUCCUCGUACUACUAACAUUAAUCAUUUCAUCUCUUUUGACUACUACAUCUGGAGGUCUUCUAAGUACAU